UAAUGAUGUAUUUGAAUUAAAUAAUGAUGUUGUUAAACGAAUGACAGGUGAACCUAGAGAAUAUUUAAGUAUAGAUUCAUCUGAAGAAGAUGAAAAGUGUGACACAAUAACUAACUUAAUACCAAUUGAAGUAUUAAAUAUUUUAACUCCAAAUGGACUUCCUCCUCACAAAUUAAUAUUAAAGAUUGGUGCAAUUGUGAUACUUUUAAGGAAUAUUAAUUUAGAAAGAGGUCUUUGUAAUGGAACAAGACUAAAAGUUAUUAAAAUGGGUAGUUUUUCUAUUCAUGCACAAGUAAUAACGGGAAAUUAUAAAAAUGAGAUUGUAAUUUUGCCACGAAUUACAUUGUCACCGUCUAACGAAGAAAUACCAUUUCAAAUGUCAAGAAAGCAAUUUCCAAUAAGGCUUGGAUUUGCUUUAACAAUCAACAAAUCUCAAGGCCAAUCUUUCCAAAAAGUAGGCAUAUACCUUCCUUCACAUGUUUUUAGUCCGUGA